GUGGCGACAGCGCAGCAUAUCACUGACAUAUUGUGACUAAACCUGAAGAAGAAAGGGAUGUUCCAUUAAUCCUAAUGACACCAAAGACUUAAGCUGCACAGACAGUAAAUACAGCUGCUAUUUUAAAAUCAAUAUUAAACUUUGAUUCUUGUUCAUUAGAUAUUUGCUAAAAUAAUAAAUUUCGUGUGAAUUUUAGCUGACUAUAAUAGUAUCUCGUCACCCCUUCGUCGUUUUCCAAAUGGUUCUUUCCAGCUACGACAACCAAUCACAGUGGAAGAAAGCAAAGCGCCCCGACCCGACGCUGAACAGGCCACGGACAAACUAACGUGGCUUAUCCCGAGUUAAAGUAGCUGCUUUAGAACUUUGGUGCUGUUUUUGUUGCAUCUUUAUGUUGUUUUCCUGGUCGUCGGUAUAGGAUUUACCUGAUCAGCUUUUCGGAAGAAGAUAAAGAACGCUUCAAAAACAAAAUGCCUCAUCGAAAGAAGAAAGCCUUCAUUGAAAAGAAGAAAGCGGUGACCUUUCACCUCGUCCACAGAAGUCAGCGGGAUCCUCUUGCUGCAGAUGAGAACGCACCACAGCAUGUCCUCCUUCCUGCUGCAAAGGUGGACACAGAGAAGAGACAGGAGGAGCAGAGGAAGUUUGGCGUCUUCUUCGAUGACGAUUACGAUUACCUGCAGCACCUGAAGGAGGCAUCCGGCCCGUCAGAGCUGGUCGCUGCUGUGUCAUCAAACCAGGAUCGAAGAUCUGUUCAGUUCCGGAAUGAAGAGGACGAUGAGAUGGAGCAGGAUGAACACAGUCCUGUCGCCACGCUCCACUUGCCGUCCUCCGUGUUCGCCUCAGAGUUUGAAGAGGAAGUGGGACUUCUGAACAAAGCUGCUCCCAUUUCUGGACCCCGGCUGGAUAUGGACCCCGACAUCGUUGCUGCCCUCGAUGACGACUUUGACUAUGAAAACCCCAACAACCUUUUGGAAGACGACUUCAUCACAAAAGCAAACGGUCCGGGGGGAGGCUUAGAAACACAAGGCGAUUAUGACGAUGAUGAGGAGUGGGAGGACACAGACGAAGAGGGCGAUUUCGACUCUGAAGGCGGCUUUUCGGACGAGGAGCGAGCGGGAGGAGACGGGCGCGGGGGAGACUUCCUGUUUAUGGACGAGGAGACGAAGAGUCGCUUCACAGAGUAUUCGAUGACGUCGUCUGUGAUGAGGAGGAACGAGCAGCUGUCUCUGCUGGACGAUCGCUUUGAGAAGUUUUAUGAACAGUUUGACGACGAUGAGAUCGGCGCUCUGGACAACGCAGAGCUGGAAGGCUUCAUCGAACCGGACAGCGCUCGGCUGGAGGAAGUCAUCAAGGACUACUUUAAGGAACAAGAGAAGAACUCGCUGAGGCCGGACGAUUUGGGUCCGAAGGAACUUCCUGUUCUGAAGGAGGAAGAUGAAGACGAGGAGACGGAUGAGGAGAUGGUUCCGGUGGUUGUAGAGCCUCCUGAGGAGAAAUGGGACUGUGAAACUAUCAUCAGUACGUAUUCUAACCUUUAUAACCGACCCAAAGUCAUAGAAGAACCAGCAAAGCCAAAGUCGAUCCGCGUGUCCAGUAAGACGGGAAUCCCUCUGGACGUUCUCCCCAACAGAGGCGUCACGGCCAAACAGGCAGAACGCAUGACCCGGAUCAACGACUCGGACCUGCCGCGCGUCUCCACGCAGCCCCGGAGCAGAGAAGAGAGCACAGAGGAGAGGAAGGCGAGGAAGCAGGCCAUCAAGGAGGAGAGGAAGGAAAGGAGGGUUGAAAAGAAGGCCAACAAGAUGGCGUUCAAGGAGGAAAAAGUACGUCAGGAGAAACAAAUGCUGAAUCUGAGGACGAACGUUCAAGGCCUGAAACUUUAGAGGAAAACCAGGAUCUGCUUCAGAACCGUUGGGAGGGAUCGCUGCUCCUCACGUCAGCAAAGCUCACAGGAUGGAGGACUCUGGGUUCCAUCAUCGGAGACAAAUUCCCAUUUUAAAAAGUGAAUGAGUUCAAUCUUCAUUAAAUCCAGCUGAUGACAGAGAACAUUAAAGUGUUUAUUCUGGAGAAACUUCAGUGAUUUCCACCUGAAGGUUUCAGUGGUGAAUCUUCUCAUUUCCCUGUGAGCUUGGAUGAGUGUUCAGGCUGUAAAUCCUGUAGGUAAAUAUCUUCUGAUGAUUUCCUGGUUUACGGAGAGACUGGUUUGUUGUUGAAGCCUCUGCUGGCUUCAUAACAUUCAGAGCUAAAGAAAGAAACUAACAAUGAGUUGUCAUGGAGAUGAGCUCUAAGCAACAGGAAAUGUGUUUAUUUUUACUUUUGUUGGAGUCCUGAAGCGUACUUGCUCAUGUAAAACGUCAGCCAGUAAUUCCUGCGAUGAUCUGGAACAAGUUUUCCAUCCGAAAACAUCCACGGUGGUUUCCAGUCACACUGAACUCCAGUUCGCUCUGAGUUUCUCUCAGCCCCAAUAGACUCUAUCCUCGGACCAAAAGCCGGUUAUUAUGGGAUGCAAACAUGAAGCAGAAAUGCAACAGCAACAGCUCAUUGAAACCACUUCUAAUGUAAUACACGUUGAUUCUAAAAUCAAAAACACAUCAGCGCUACUUCUUAGCCGCCGUCUUGCCAGUAACCGGCUUGUAGGACCGCACCAAAGUAACAGUAAAGAGUUCAAAAUCGA